AUGUAUUAUGACAGUCGGCUGCGCCAUACCGCCCUGCUCGCCCUCUUCGGGCUGCUGCUGAUCAUCGCCAUCCUGUACGACAACGUCCUCGAUGACGUCGAGAACUCGCGCGCCGGUGAGAUGCAGGAGAUGCGGACGGAGGCGCACGGCGUGGGGACGCUCCUCUUUGCGUCUCGUGCGCACUGGCAAGCCGCGCCGCUGGGACUCGGCCAGCUCAAAAUCCCGCACGUACCGGACAUCUUCAUCUCUGAGUACAUCAGCCGCAACGUAUCACCACACCUCAGUGACGUGCGUGAUGCCCGUACCCUGGUGUCGAAGGAUUUGUUUGCGCAGCUGCAGCUGUGGCGCAGCCCGGGCAGCGGCGCCGAGCAAAUCUCGAAACUCGUCGACUCGUUGACGGAGAACGAGAGGGUGACUGCGCGUGCGGAGGCGGUGCGCAAACGUCAGCACAAGUCGAAGACGCGGCGCUCUGCCAAGUUCCUGUUUAGCCUCUUGACUGGUGGCGGCAGAGGGCAUCGCUAUGGCAACGACGACGACGACGAGGAGGAUUCUGGAGCCGCCGAUGACGUCGUGAAGGUGCGCUACCCAAGCCGCCUUGCUCUUCAUUUUCACGGCUCGUCAGACUCGUUCUCUCUCACCUCCAACAACGUCCAGCUCGUGCCGUACCCGUUGGUCCCUCCGCCAGUCGCGACGCAGCGCAGUGAGGCAGCGCCGCCACCGCACGCAGACGUGAUCGGCCAGAUAGAGUCCACUGGCGAGAAUGCCGACCAGAGGACAGCAGCAGCGGCCAGCGACACGUACGCUGGCCCCACCAUCACGGUCACUAUACCAAAAGGCAAGGUGCGCUACGCAGUGCCGCAUCGCACGACCCCGCACACGCCGACACACGGCUGGGAUCACUUCUACGUUGCCCUGAACCUGUGGAAGAACGAGGAGGUGCUGCCUGACCUUACGGAGGCGCUCAUCGCCUUUCUGGAGGAAGAGGUGAAGCCUUUCUUUGAUCUCGCCACCUCCGUCGUGGUCUCCAUCUACUCCAACAUAUCGCCCGAUAGGACAGCCGAGCUCAUCACCACGCUGCUGAUCCCGCGGCUGCACGCUGCCGGAAUUCGGACCGUCUACGCAACAACGGAAGGCGCGUGUCUCGGCUACGUGGAGCGUCAGUCCUUCCACGAGCGCAUCGAGUGGAUGGCGUGCAUCCGGAACAAAGCCCUCGAACCACUCUAUGAGAAGGGCAUGAGCGUGUUCGGAGUGUCGCAGCAGCGGCAGCAGGUGCAGGCCAGUGCCGACGGUCUUGUUGUGCUCUUUUUCAAUGAUGUCAUCUUCCGUCCGCAGGAUAUCACGGCGCUGCUGGAGAGUCGCGCUGAGCCACAGGUAGAGGCGAACACGCGGCCACACGGCUGGGUGUCCUCCGUCACAAAGGCAAACCGUGAGCCUGCAGAUGCUGGUGUGAACUACAAGGGCGAUUGGCGGAGGCAUCCGGUGGGCACAGCGUCGACGACUCCGUCGAAUUCCACGUCGGCAGCGACCGGCACAACCUUCGACAUGGCAUGUGGUAUGGACUUUUACGCAACCUUCUAUGACACAUGGGUCACGCGCGACCGACUUGGCAAGCCCUUCGGGGGGCAGAUGCCCUAUUCAGACGACCACGCCACCCAAGAGGCAUUCUACCGCGUCUUCAAGCACGAUCGCGCCGGCGGCCAUGCCCCGGAGGCGUCGGCCAUCCCAGUCAAGUGCUGUUGGAACGGCGUCGCUGCCAUCCGUGGCCGCUUCUUCCUCGCCCCGACCCCACCGCAUCGCCUCGGCUUUCCAGUCCGGGACGCAGUGGAGACAACAGCGCAGACCCCGUCGGCGACAGUGUCUGUUCCGCCCGCCGCCGAAAGCGCACGCAGCGAGGCUGCUGCCCACCCCCCUGAUGUGCUGCAGCGUCCCUCGGGUGCUGUCUAUGACCGUAUCGGCGACGUGCACGACCUGUUCAACACAACACCGCUGUUGCACUACUAUACACGCGUGCUCGCCCGCCGUCUGCAAUCGGUGUGUGUGUUGUGGAGCUUGAUGCGCCGCGAGAUAGCGAGGCUGGCAGACAUUCCGUUCUACAAGCCAGAGACGUGCGACAACAGCAGCAGCUUCGAGAGUCUCCUGCAGACGGUGGACUACGAGAUGCGCCGAUCUUCGGCGGUCGGCGCGGACUGGGUGCAGCUGCGGCUACAGCUUGAGAGCCGCACGCCCUUCCUCGCCACCGCGCCGGACCUGAUGCAUCUCAAGGAAUCAGUCGUUAAGGCAGAAAACGAAGGCGACGUGGAGCCUGCCGCGCCGGUGGCGCUGCGCGUGGAGGACAGCGUCUACUACCGUGUGCGGCACCCGUCAGUGCGGUUUCGCCACGCCUUCACCCCAUCCUACGGCGCCACCGUCGCUGGGCACGCGCUGGUGCGUGAUGAAGUCUGUCUCGCUUCGGAGUGCCUCCUGAUCUGCCAAGAUGUAAUGCACGCUGCCCUCCUGCAGGACAAGCGAGCGCCGAUUAUCCUGCUCAACCCCCACGUGCGCGUUGCGUACAACCUCGAGGACUUCAACCGCGUCACACAGCAGACCUGGUUCUUCGUGCACCCGCAUAUGUACUGGGUCUGGACGCUGGCGCGGCGGAUGCAGCUGUGGUGGUCGUCGUCGUCCAGCGUACAGGACAAGGGUACCGGUGCAGGCGGGUUGCGCGAGCUCGGCAACACCACGUCGGCGGCGGAUGACUGGCUGAACGUCACCUCAGCUGCUGCCGCGCCAGGGACGGCCACGCGCGGUGGUACUCAGGAGCUCAGCGUGCAGGACGGGGUCGGUCGUGUGAUAGCCACUGGCCUCAUCGACAUCCCCACGCUGACCCGAAUGGACUGCCAAAAGUCCACGGAGGGCUCUAUCCAGGAAGCGAUGGGCGCCUUCUUCCCUGUUGUGCGCCUGGGCCAGUUCCUCCUCGCCGCGCUGCUGCUGCGGUGGUUGUGCUGGCAAGUGCGUGCAGAUGUGCUGGUCGCGGCGCUGUCAGACAAUGGCGGUGCGGCACGGACCUACUCGGUGGAGACGCAGUGGUGGGGCACGCUCUACUGCGCCGUGUGGUAUUCAUCGCUGGCGCAGUGGCUGCGGUGGCUGGCAGGUGGCGUUGCCGCAGGUGACCGCGACGCCAAGGACAAGGUCGCUGGCGAAUCGGAAGGGGAGAGAGCCGUGAGCCGCCGUGGCUACAGUCCUGCAAGACAUCCUGCCACUUCCUCGUCAUCAGCCCUUCUACAGCAGCUGCAUCGACUGCAGUAUCACCGUUUCGUGAGGAACUCCCCCGCGCGCUCGUGCGUCGGCGCUGUGUGGCGUGCCGCAUACCUUGCCGCACAGACGCUGGUGUGGCUGAUCAGGUCGCUGGGUUGCGUCGGGUUCUGGUUUGACUGGUGCCUAACACCGCGGGCCUUUCCCAUCCCAACUGGGUGUUCGGGCUCCAAGGUGCAUCAGCUGUGGCUGCACAGGAGGAACGCUUCAUCCGCCAGGUCUCACUAUCGUCAGGAGCCCACACGUGCAGUGGUGUCCACAGAUGUCCUGCGGGCCAGUUCUACUAUGGCAGGAGAGGUGGCUGGCUACACGGCCACCCGCCGCAGUGAGGGAACGGCACGCCCCAUCUCAUAG